AUGCCAGUCACCCGUACGCAGGCGGGCAAAACACCCAGGAAAACCGCGCAUCCUGACUAUGUCGAGACCCCUGGUACAUACGGGAAGCCACGAUCGCGCAGGUCCACGCCAGCUCCUGAGGAUGCGGAUAUCAGAGAACAAGCCAAUGGCGCUGGCGGCGACACGAUAGCCGUUAGGGCUGCACGGAAGAGUGGCCGGAAGUCGUCGCAAUUCGUCGACGGUGCUGAAGACAAAGAGACGGACGACCAUGUUAACGGGUAUGCCAACGGGCAUGUCAAGUCCGAAAAGUUGAAUGGAUAUGCCAGCAAGGAAGCCCCAAAAUCAGAGCGACAAACGUCUUCCGAGAAUCUGGUGGACGGAUGGCGACCAGGCAUGGACCCCAAAAUCGAUACCUCUGGGCGCUUCGAGUUUGGAGGCUCAUGGGGCGUCACGGCCAUGAUGAUCGGCUUUCCAGCCCUGAUGUACUACAUGUGGAUUGGCGCGACAUACUACGAUGGCCAGUUCCCGGUGCCACGCGAUGGAGAGACUUUGCCAGACUUCUUCCGUGGCAUGUUCCGCAUGGCGUACUACGGCGCCUGGCCCUCAGCGAAAGCCUGGGCGAUGUAUUGGACCUUCUUUGUUUUCGAAGGCGCUUGCUACUGCUUGAUGCCUGGCAUCUGGACGAAAGGCAAGCCCUUGCCCCAUGAGAACGGACUGAGGCUGGAUUACUACUGCAGCGCGAUGUGGUCGUGGUGGACGACCAUCAUCGUGGCGCUUGGUCUUCAUUUCUCUGGCCUCUUCAAGCUCUACAACAUCAUUGACGAGUUCGGUCCGCUCAUGUCUGUCGCCAUCAUUUCAGGCUUUGCGGUUUCAAUCAUUGCCUAUGUCUCGGCAAUCUAUCGGGGCAAGCAACACCGCAUGACCGGAUCUCUCAUGUACGACUUUUUCAUGGGAGCCGAGCUCAAUCCACGUAUGUUCGGAAUCCUCGACUUCAAAAUGUUUUUCGAGGUUCGACUGCCAUGGUACAUCUUGUUCCUGAUAACGCUGGGGACGGCUGCCCGACAAUACGAAAACUACGGAUACGUCUCUGGCGAAGUUGCAUUCCUGCUCCUGGCCCACUGGCUGUACGCAAAUGCCUGUAGCAAAGGCGAGGAACUCAUUGUGCCGACCUGGGAUAUGUACCACGAGAAAUGGGGUUUCAUGUUGAUUUUCUGGAACCUAGCUGGCGUCCCAUUGACGUACUGCCAUUGCACCAUUUAUCUGGCAAACCACCAUCCCAGCACCUACCCCUGGAACAAGUACGCCCUUGCUGCACUGUACGCGGCAUACCUCUUCGUGUACUGGGUUUGGGACGCGACCAACAGCCAGAAGAACCGGUUCCGGGCGAAGCAAUCUGGUGGUGCCGUGACGCGCAAGGCUUUCCCUCAGCUGCCAUGGCAGACAGUUCAGAACCCCAAGAUCAUCACAUCAGAGAAUGGGGGCACCAUCCUUGCUGAUGGCUUUUAUGGCUAUGCAAGGAAGAUUCACUAUACCUGUGACCUUUUCUUUGCUUUGUCCUGGGGAGCAGUGACGGGCUUGCGAUCACCAUUCCCCUGGUUUUACCCUGUCUUCUUCACGGCAAUGAUUAUUCAUCGAACCCUGCGAGACAUUGAGAAAUGUCGGGCCAAGUACGGGAAGGCCUGGGAGGAGUAUGAGAGACAAGUGCCGUACCUAUUCAUACCUAUCCUCACUGUCUCGUGA